UUCCAUUUGCCAGACCGGGGUGGCAUGCAGGAAGGCGCCUAGGGAUUUUGAAUUUCUAACUUCAAGAAAAAGACUAGGUUGCUAGCACUUCAUCGGGUAAUAGUGAAAUGCUGUCCCCUAAGCCCAGGACUCUGGGCCCUUGGCAUGCACCCAUAGAGCGAGGAGCGCCUUCUUGCUUCUUCCCCCUCCCCUGAGGCAGUGGUGGUCGGACCCACGCCUCAGACUUUCGCUAGCUUGCAGCGGGUCGGAGAGCGAAGGAUUGAGCCAAUUGCGGAUGAAACGUCUUUGCAAGGAAGGGGGUGAGGGAGCUGCCCUUUGAGUUCCGCCUCUUCUCGAGGCCCUGGUGGGGAAGCGGGACAUAGGAAAUACCGCCCUCUUAAGCCAGCGGAUCCGACGCCUCCGUGCAAACUGCCGAGAGGGCGGCGGGAAAACCAUCAGCCGGGAACCGGGACCGGGAAGCAGCCAGGAAGCCGUGCGGGAGGGCGCGCGCGCGCCCCUUUUUCAGCAGUGUGGCGGGGUCGCACGCACGCCCGCCUCGGCGGCUGGGCGCGAUUUGCGACAGUGGGGGGAGCGGCGGAGGUGGUGGCGGCGGCAGUGGCAGCUUUACGGCAGGCUCGGGCCGGGCUUGCUUGACGGCGGUGUGGCGGAGGCCCCGCCCGAGGCGGCAGGAACCUGGAGGGAGGCGGAGGAAUAUGUCCGAGAGGGAAGUGCCGACUGCGCCGGCGGGAACAGACAUGCCUGCGGCCAAGAAGCAGAAGUUGAGCAGCGAUGAGAACAGCAACCCGGACCUCUCGGGAGACGAGAACGAUGAUGCUGUCAGUAUCGAGAGUGGUACCAACACUGAACGCCCUGACACACCUACAAACACACCUAAUGCACCUGGCAGGAAAAGCUGGGGAAAGGGAAAAUGGAAAUCAAAGAAAUGCAAAUACUCUUUCAAGUGUGUGAACAGCCUCAAGGAAGAUCAUAACCAGCCGUUGUUUGGAGUUCAAUUUAACUGGCACAGUAAAGAAGGUGACCCGUUAGUAUUUGCAACUGUAGGAAGCAACAGAGUUACCUUGUAUGAAUGCCAUUCACAAGGAGAAAUCCGGUUAUUGCAAUCAUACGUGGAUGCUGAUGCUGAUGAAAAUUUUUACACUUGUGCAUGGACCUAUGAUAGCAAUACCAGCCAUCCUCUGCUGGCUGUUGCUGGAUCAAGAGGCAUAAUAAGGAUAAUUAAUCCCAUAACGAUGCAGUGCAUAAAGCACUAUGUCGGACAUGGAAAUGCUAUCAAUGAGCUGAAAUUCCACCCAAGAGACCCAAAUCUUCUCCUGUCAGUAAGUAAAGAUCAUGCUUUACGGUUAUGGAAUAUCCAGACGGACACUCUGGUGGCAAUAUUUGGAGGUGUAGAAGGGCACAGAGAUGAAGUUCUGAGUGCUGAUUAUGAUCUUUUGGGUGAAAAAAUAAUGUCCUGUGGUAUGGAUCACUCUCUGAAACUUUGGAGGAUCAAUUCAAAGAGAAUGAUGAAUGCAAUUAAGGACUCGUAUGAUUAUAACCCAAAUAAAACUAACAGGCCAUUUAUUUCCCAGAAAAUCCACUUUCCUGACUUUUCUACCAGAGACAUACAUAGGAAUUAUGUUGAUUGUGUGCGAUGGUUAGGCGAUUUGAUACUUUCCAAGUCUUGUGAGAAUGCCAUUGUAUGCUGGAAACCUGGCAAAAUGGAAGAUGAUAUAGAUAAAAUUAAACCUAGUGAGUCUAAUGUGACUAUUCUUGGGCGAUUUGAUUACAGCCAGUGUGACAUUUGGUACAUGAGGUUUUCUAUGGAUUUCUGGCAAAAGAUGCUUGCAUUGGGCAAUCAGGUUGGCAAACUUUAUGUUUGGGAUUUAGAAGUAGAAGAUCCUCAUAAAGCCAAAUGUACAACACUGACUCAUCAUAAAUGUGGUGCUGCUAUUCGACAAACCAGUUUUAGCAGGGAUAGCAGCAUUCUUAUAGCUGUUUGUGAUGAUGCCAGUAUUUGGCGUUGGGAUCGACUUCGAUAAACUAUUUUUUCCUAAUAAAUAUUAGAACAUGUUGUCUGUGUAAAAUAGAAUUAAUGUAUCUUGCUAGUAAGGGCACAUAGAGCAUUUAGACUUGUUUUUCAGCAUUCAAUCAGGCUGAGCUGAAUGUAGUGAUGUUUACAUUGUUUACAUUCUUUGUACUGUCUUCCUGCUCAGACUCUACUGCUUUUAAUAAAAAUUUAUUUUUGUAAAGUUGUAUGUUAUUUUUAUUGUGGUGAAAAAAAUUUGGAAGUAAAAUAAUUAUGCC